AUGGCUGCUGAAAACUCUCGGGCUGAGAUCUCCUCCCAGUCGUCCUCCGCUGGCGACAACGGAUCCGUCGACUCUGGAUUUGUCUCUCCAAAUUCGUCCACUGGCAACCUGCCCAGGAUCAUAUUGACCAAGGCACACCUGGACCAUCUCAACAAGCAGCUCGAAUCCCUCCAUCCUGUGGAAAUCCUCAAGUUUUGCAAGAUUUUCUUCCCGAACUUGUAUCAGUCCACCGCGUUCGGCUUGACGGGCCUUGUGACACUGGACAUGCUUUCCAAGAUCGAAAAAGAAUCGCCGAACCCUCAACCAAUCGAACUCAUCUUUCUCGACACUCUCUACCACUUCCAGGAGACAUAUGACCUUGUUGAGCGCGUGAAAGCCCGCUACAACGUCAACAUCCACAUUUUCAAGCCGGCAGAUGUCAACACAACCGAGGAGUUCGAGAAACUCUAUGGAGAAAAGCUCUGGGAGACAUCUGGGGAGCUGUAUGAUUGGAUCGCCAAGGUUGAGCCAUUGGAGCGUGCCUAUUCCGAACUGAAGGUUGCCGCUGUGUUUACCGGCCGGCGCCGGUCGCAGGGUGGUCAGCGUGGCCAAAUUGGCGUCAUCGAGCUUGACGAGGAGCGCCAAAUUGUCAAGAUCAACCCCCUCGUGAACUGGACCUUUGACCAGGUCAAGAACUAUAUCAAGGAGCACGACGUCCCCUACAAUGUUCUUCUCGAUAGGGGGUACAAGUCGGUUGGUGAUUGGCACUCGACUGUCCCAGUCGGCGAGGGUGAGGAUGAGCGUGCGGGUCGCUGGAAGGGCCAGAACAAGACCGAGUGCGGCAUUCACAAUAAGCAGAGUCGCUAUGCAAAGUGGCUUGAACAAACAGCCCGGCAGCGGGGACAGCGGGUUUCUGCCUCCUAA